UGUUGGCGUAAAUAGAGUCACACAAAAUAGAAACGAAUAGAAGAAUAAACGAAUGCGCUUGAGCCAGUUAUUCACUCAGUGAGUGUACAAUUUAGGUACCAAAAGGAGUGCCCUUUUUUUUUUUGGGUAGGGUGCGGAAGCUCUCACAUGUAAGGAUCAGCUGAGCUUGUUAGCACGACGAAACAGCUAUCCUACAAGUAGAUCCUUUUUCCACCCCUGAGCUGUUUGUGCUGCUAGAAAAGAUAAUUUUUUUUUCUACGGGUGAGACGUUUUGAAUCGCUCUUCCGGUGAGGUGAGUCGAAUCGACGUCUCUAGGUAGGUGUGGCAGCCCUAGGCCAUCUGCGCGCCCCAUCGGUGUAGCGGUAUAGCGGCAUAGCCGCGUAACAGCGUAACCGCAUAACGGUAUAGCUGCUUACCGGCGUAACGAGUAAGCGGCUAACCGCCCCACACACACAGCCCCAAGAUGAACAUCUUCCAGCACGACAUCCAGGAUGUGGGCCAGGGAAACGUGGUGGCGAUCCUGGGCUCGCAGUGGGGAGACGAAGGGAAGGGGAAGAUCAUCGACAUCCUGUCCAAGCACUCGGACAUCACGUGCAGGUUCAACGGAGGGUCCAACGCAGGGCAUACGAUCUCCGUGAAUGAUAAGAAGUACGCCCUGCAUUUGUUGCCCUGUGGAAUUCUCUACGAAAAUAAUAUCUGCGUGUUGGGCAACGGAAUGGUGGUGCAUGUGAAGUCCCUAAUAGAUGAAAUAAACUCCAUAGGGGGAAAUAUCAUCGAUAGAUUGUACCUCUCGGACAAGUCCCACAUCCUGUUCGACAUCCAUCAGACGAUAGACUCAAUGCAAGAGAACAAAAAACUGAAAGAAGGAAAACAGAUAGGCACCACCAAGAGAGGAAUCGGCCCAUGUUAUUCCACCAAAGUCUCCAGAGUAGGCAUACGACUAGGAUCAUUAAAAAAUUUCGAGCACUUUAAAAGCCUCUACGUAAAAUUGAUAGAUAACCUAAUGGAGCUAUAUAACAUAAGUGACUAUAAUAAGGAGGAAGAACUGGAGGCCUUCUACCAAUACCACUUGUUGCUGAAGGAUAGAAUCAUUGACGUAAUUUCUUUUAUGAAUAAUCAGCUGAAUGAGAAGAAGAAGAUUCUAAUUGAGGGAGCUAAUGCCGCCAUGCUGGACAUAGACUUUGGUACGUACCCUUACGUAACGAGCAGCUGCACAACUGUUGGGGGUAUUUUUUCAGGCCUUGGGAUAAACCACAAGAAGUUAAAUUUGACCGUAGGAGUCGUUAAGAGUUACUUGACGAGGGUUGGCUGUGGCCCCUUCAUGACUGAGCUGACCAACGAAAUUGGCGAUUAUCUUCGGGAGAAGGGCUACGAGUAUGGCACAACUACUAAGCGGCCCAGAAGAUGUGGGUGGCUAGACAUCCCCAUGUUACUCUACGUCAAGUGCAUCAACUCGAUUGACAUCAUCAAUUUGACCAAGCUGGACGUUCUGUCUGGCCUGAAGGAGAUUUCCCUCUGCGUCGGUUACCGCAGCAAGGCUACAGGCGAACUGCUGCAGAAGGGGUGCUACCCCGUGGACGAGGACGCGCCGGAGCACUACGAACCUGUGUAUGAACAAUUCGAAGGCUGGGAGGAAGACAUAUCCAACUGCGAAUCGUUUGAGGAGCUGCCCGAGAAUGCUCGGAAAUACGUCUUGGCGAUAGAGAAGUACGUGGGCUCGCCCAUCGUGUGGAUUGGAAUCGGGGCCAACCGGAACAACACCAUUAUGAAGAAGUGA